AUGGAGUACUUUGACGAGGAUCUGGAAGAUCUACACCUGAGUUUUCAAGUUCAGCCGUCACGAUAUUAUCCUAGGGACAGCACGGACCCUUUUGUAGCCCUAAAUGACAAGCAGUUUCAUGACAGAUUUCGGCUAAUGAAACAUACAGUGUAUGAUCUCCUCCUGGUAAUUGAGAAGCACCUCGAGUUUACAUCAGACAGGAACUCCUCAGUACCACCAAUACGCCAGCUCCUAAUCUGCCUCCGUUUCUAUGCUAGUGGAACUUUUCAAAUAGUUAUAGGCGACACGUCUGACAUAAGCAAGUCUACAGUCUGCCGUAUAAUCAAGCGAGUAUCACAUGUUCUUGCCUCACUGUCACCUCUCUACAUAAAAUUUCCAUCAACGCAAGAUGAAAAGCAAAGGACAAUGCUCGGAUUCUAUGACAUUGCAGGCUUUCCAGGAGUCAUUGGAGCAAUUGACUGUACACACGUAGCAAUACAGUCACCAGGUGGUAACACAGCAGAGCUGUUCAGGAACAGGAAGGGCUACUUUUCAAUUAAUGUGCAGUGUGUAUGUGACGCUGACUUGCGGAUCACCGACAUUGUUGCUAGGUGGCCUGGUGCUACCCAUGAUGCCACAAUUUUUGACAGCUCGAGAAUUCGAGCCCACCUCGAGACAAAUUUAGGGGGUCAUUUGCUCGGAGAUGCAGGAUAUCCUUGCAGGCCCUAUCUGCUUACACCCUUAGCAGCACCUAACUCUGUUGCAGAAAAGAGAUAUCAGAACAAGCAUGUUGCAACAAGAAACACUGUAGAAAAGCUCUUUGGUGUGUGGAAGAGGAGGUUUCCUGUGUUGAAGAUGGGGCUACGUUUGAAGAUUGACACUGCUCUGGCGGUGAUUGUUGCAACAGCGGUGUUGCAUAACAUUGCUCAACAAAAAGACAAUUGCAUGCCUGACAUUUGUGAGUCAGUUGUCGAGCAUGAAUCAGUUGAUGUUGUGUGGAACGGUCCCUUAGAGCCAGGAGCCACAAGCGCUGGAACACAAAUAAUUGCAAACUUUGCAAGGAGCCGUGAGGAUCUGCAGCAGUUGCUACCAGAAUGGUGA